AUGAUCUACCAACAACUGUAUUGUGCUUUCUACGUGUUUCUAUGUAUGAUCAACUUGCCAAAUGUUCAAUCAACAGCAUCGAAUUCAUUAUCGGAUUGUCAAGCAGUGGCUUCACAAUUUCGAACAACAAUUAAUUAUACAGCCACUACUAUUACAGGGACUACUGGCGUUAAUGUCAGCUGUUCAGCCAGUGGUAUUGUAUGUCCGGGUACAACUAUCAAUGGUGUUUGUGUAUGGCAACGAAAAUUAAGUGCUGUUUGUCGAAAUGCUAGUGGUGUUAUUAAAAUUCGUAUUCAAACAAAUGUUAACUUUAAUCCUGAUGUUAGUAUUAAUUCACUAAAUUCAGAUCUAACCACUGUUGCUUCACUGUCACAAACAAUCUGUACAACAAGUAGUGUAUCAUCAGUUCCAUCAGCUUCCGGCUAUGUUAAUUAUGGUGCAACAGGUUUGGAUACUGCAACAGGAGUAGCAGUAGACGGUGUAAUGAUGUUUACUUCUGAUUCAGCAAAUAAUUAUGAUCCGUUUUUUCCACCAUCAGGUGGAACUGCUGAAACAGUAGAUAGCUGUCUUGCUCAUUGUCAAACGGCCGGUAUAUAUCAUUAUCAUAUUGCUACUGGUUGUCAAGUUAAUCCUCCAACAGGAAAUAUUUCAUCAUGUGCUGCUGUCAGUGCUUGUAAUUCAAAUAUUGCUACCUAUUCUAUAUCUUCAUUUUCAAGUUAUCAAACAAAGACAGUAAUUGGUGUUGCCAGAGAUGGACAUGUUAUUUAUGGUCCUUAUCUAUCUUCAGGUACUCGAGUAACAACAGGUUUUGAUGUUUGUAAUGGAAUGUUUUAUGAUUCUAUUGGUAAUUAUGCUUAUUUUGCUACAUCAACAUAUCCAUAUCUUGUUGGAUGUUUUGGACCAGGAAGUUAUUCAUCAUUUGGACCCAAUUGUACUACUAAUGGAGUAUCGACCUAUAAUAUGUCAUCUUAUGCGAUCUCAUUCUUGAGUAGUAAUUCUACUAAUUCAACUACUGCUUCAACAACAAUGGUAACAAACUCAACUACAGCUUCGACAACAAGAGUAACUAAUUCGACAACAGUCCAUCAUUCGGCUUCAAUAAGUGGUCGAAUCAAUCUUGAUACUGGUCUUAUUCUUUUACUUAUUACCGUCUGGAUAUGUUUAUAUCAAACAAUUAUUUGA